UACGUGAUGCAGCUUGUUAUCCAAGCUACGACUUUCAUAAACCUCCAACAUAAUUUAUCCAAUCUCACGAAACUAUUAAACAAAUAUUGCUGCAGCACAGUAUCAGAUCAUUAGAUCGGCAAGCAGCCUCAGUGUAACAAUCAGUGAAAUAUUGCAGGAAAUUAUAGGAUGUACCAAUUUCUAUAAAUAAUUUAAGCUGCGCGUAAUGGAUGGUUACGGAUCUUUGAACGGCAGUGUCAAUUUAAGUUUGAAUUCAAUGCACGAUCAAGAUACGAAUUCGUCCGGAUAUACGACAGAAGAUUGGUAUGACCUUUACUACGAUGAAUAUAAUGAAUUAGACAGUAUGUAUACUGUAACUCCCGUGGAUGUGAUUUUUAUUGUUCUUUGUAUUUUAGGCAUCAUUGCAAACAUUGUGUCUAUUGGUAUGGUAAUACGAUCACAUCAGAAGUUAUCCACACAUUUAAAACUGAUCAUUAGUUUAUGUUGCUCAGACAGUUUAAUUCUGAUCCCGACUUUUCUAAGUAAAGUAUUUUUCAUGACACAUGUAAUAAAUGUUUGCAUUAAUGUAACUGUAAGACUGGUAACGGACCUGGCACUAUUAGCAACAUUGUUGAAUCUUCUUGCAAUCGCAGUGGACCAUUAUCUGGUCAUGCUUAGACCCUUUAUGCACAAGAAGCAAAUGACAAGGGCAUGUGCCAAUGGUGUGUUUGCUGUGUUGGCAAUUUGGUUCGGGAGUGUUUUAGCAAUUGCGGUUGAAAUAAUUAUGGGUCUUGUACACCAACGAGAAAUGGAACCACUAUGUGAAGCAAUAGCGUAUGAUAAAACUAAUUCAGAGCUCGUAAUCGUGGCUAUCAUCUUUAUUGUCUUGUUUGUGAUUUUUGUGAUUUAUGCUAGGAUCUUUAUUUGGGUUGUCAGAAACAGGUCUAUACAUAGCAGGACGAUGCAUCAGCAGAAAUACACAAGUAACAUUAAGGCCUUAGUCACCACAUUUCUUUUCGUGUUGACAUUUGUAUUCUUCUGGACGCCGAUUGGAAUAUUCAACGUUUACAUAUACAACAAAGAUAUCAUGUACAUCUUGAACAAUCUAGAGGACAUCGAACAGAUUGGGGAUAUUUUGUAUGUUAUUUUGUUGUUAAAUGCCAUAGCAGACCCGAUCAUCUAUACGUUUAGUCAGCCACAGAUACGCAAAAAAUGUUGUAUAUUUCGUACGACAAUGAGUCGACGGUCAAAUGAAACGAUCACAUUGACAUCGAAUUUACCUGAUUUGAAGGAACCCUUAGGUGAUGAUUAAAUUUUGUUCCUGAUUUAUUUUUAUCCACACUAUUGCUGUUUAUAUACCCUUUCCUUCUAAUUUAAUAGUUUUUGCAACUAGUUUUGUUUUCAUUUCACUUUCAAUAUCUUUGUACAGUUAUCGCUUCUUUGUUUAAUAUUCUCAUGAUAUCUGUAAUUAACGUUUGUAAAAUAACACAUUAAAUUGUACCUUUAAUAGGAAAAUAAUUACUUUAACAAAUAGUAUGUUACAUUUUUAGUAUGUGUUAAGUAUACUCGCUAAUGUAAUUAAUUAAAACAUUUCAUAACACUUUCUAUCAAUUUCUUACAAAUCAUUGUCAUAUGUACAAUUUUGUAUUGGAAAUGUAAAUAACAUUUUUGUAAAUAGCUGUAGUAAGUGAUAUUGUUAAUAUGUAUUAUAUGUAUGUUUAUGUGGCAAUACCUUUUUAUGAUUGCAUACAUACGAUAAUAAAUGCUAUAAUUAUAUAUGAAAGAAAGAAAGUCAUGUAUACAUACUUAGUUUAAGUGUCUCAGAUCAGGGUGGGUACAUACAGGAAUCAGCCCAUUUGUAUUUUCCUUUAUUUUCUUAGAAGAUAUAUUGCAUUUUUGUCAAACAUUAACACAUUUCAUUAUCCAGUGUUAGAAUUAUUAUUUUAAGUGUCAUAUCACCUUUUUGCAUUUAGUAGUAAUGCCAAUGACAUGCGCAUAUUUAGAAAAAAUAAACUACACUUGCUAUUUUGCAUAUUAAGUCGUUUUAAUAGUUAUUAAUAGAUGCUACGAACCUUUCUAACUUCAUUAAUAAAAGUGUGUUCAUGUUG